GAGAGAGAGAGAGAGAGAGAGAGAGAGAGAGAGAGAGAGAGAGAGAGAGAGAGAGAGAGAGAGAGAGAUUGUGAAAUCAUGAAAAUGGUUUGUUGUUGUCUGAAGGAAUAACCUAUGCGACAAAAAAAAAAAAAAAAAUGUAUACAAUUCAACGGCGAUCUUUCUUUUUGCGUCGGUGAGUAAAGCUACUUACGUUUUCACAGUGCUGUGUAAUUAUUAUUUUACUGUACACUGGUCGACUGACAGUGGAAUAUCCUGGCUAGUAAAACUGUUAAAUGAGCUAGCUAGGCUAGCGAAGUUAUCCUGUGGAAAUCACUGCUCCUCCGCAGCAGUUUAGCGGUUUUGUCGUUAAAUACUGCAAACCCAAACGUCCCGGGGUAGCAGUUGGGGCUAAGGAAGGCUAAGCUGACUGGUGACUUCCCUUAGAAGCUGGUGUUGGACUGGAGCAGCCAGCUCGGGCCAUGAGCCAGAAGUCCCUCUUCCCUCUGUGGACCAGAGCCAACAUGGAGGUUUAGACCAGACAGACGCCGAGCAAGUGUUCAGUGCUGUGGGUCCUCUGCCUGGGAAUGGAGUGGUGUCAGCUGCAGACUGGAUGACAGGGUCUUCAGGGAUAGCCCACCACUAAUCCGUUACGUUACGGUAACACUGACGGAGAGAGACAUCCUCACCCCGGCGACCACAACAGAAUCUACCUCUUUUUCCUCAUCCGACACUAUCUGGACUCUCUUCUGGUCCCUUCUACUGCCCCCUCCUUCCCUUCCCUCUCCUCCUCUUUCCCUCACCUUCCCUCCUCCCCCCCUCCUCUUCCCUACUCUCAAUCUCUUCCUUCUCUCCUACCUUGUUGUCCAUGUGCCAGCACCUCUCUCCUGCUCCUGUCUGAAACCUGAACAUUGACCUCUGACCCUUGAUCCCUCUGGAGGUCAGGAUGAGCUGGCUGAGCCGGCUGACCCCCCGGGGUCCGGGGGGCAGGUCCAGUAGGAACGUAGCCUCUUCCAGUCCCUGUACUGCUGACCCAGAGACCUGCCUCAUGGUGUUCGAGAACCACUGGAGACAGUUGUCCUGGGUACUGGAACAGCAGGAGCCGUCAGGAUGUAGCGAUGACCUCACCGCGGUGCGGAACCACACCGAUCAGAUGCUGUGCCUCCUGGCUGAAGAGCGACCGGGAGAAGUGGGCGAGGGCCCCCCCGGUGGACCCAUCCUGGGUCUGGUGGUGACCGAGAACGUCCUGGAGCGAGUGGUGCAGUGGCACCUGCGUCGCGGAUUGGACCCAGACAGCCAGGGGGCGUUGCUCAAGCUGUUCGAGAUGCUGAUAGGCCAGUCUCAGCAGCCCUUGCUCCAACACAAGGCGGUGCUGCAGCCUCUACUGGGUCUGCUGGGGGCCUGUGCUGAGCCCCAGCUGGGCUGCCCUCCCUCUCUGGAGAACAGUCUGGUGCUGCUGCUCAACCAGAUCUGUGUGUCGAUGGCGCGUGCCCCUGCGGUGUUGGAGCUGUUGUUUAGGUCUGCCCCGGCCCAACACGGUCCUACCAACCUGCUCAUCUUCUCCCUGUUGGUCCCCUUCAUCCACCGUGACGGAGCCAUCGGACAGCAGGCCCGGGACGCCCUGCUCCUCGUCAUGGCAACCUCCGCCAGCAACCAGGGCGUGGCACGCUACAUCGCAGAGAACUCCUACUUCUGCCCAGUGCUGGCCACGGGCCUCAGUGCUCUCUACUCCUCCCUGCCGAGGAAGAUAGAGGUACGGGGGGAUGACUGGCACGCUCUGCGCAGGGAGGACUGGAUGGGCGUGUCUUCUCUGGUGCUCUUCAUGAACUCUCUGGAGUUCUGUAACGCUGUCAUUCAGGUGGCUCACCCCCUGGUCCGCAGCCAGCUGGUCGACUACGUUCACAACGGCUUCCUGGUCCCUGUCAUGGGACCCGCCCUACACAAGUCAUCUGUAGAUGAGAUGAUAGCCAGUACAGCCUACCUGGAUCUGUUCCUGCGCAGUGUGACGGAAACAGCUCUCCUCAAAACCUUCCUACGCUUCAUCCUCAUGCAUCGCCAUGACAACGACACCAUCCUGGACACCUUGCUAACUCGCGUCAGCAGCAACUCCAGGCUGUGUAUGGUGUCUUUGAGCCUGUUCAGGACUCUGCUCUCUCUCAACUGUGAAGACCUCAUGUUGCAGCUCGUUCUCAGGUAUCUUCUACCCUGUACCCAUGUGAUGUUGAGUCAGAGGCGUGCCGUCAGGGACACCGAUCUAUAUGGUAAAUCAGCUGACAAGUUCCUGUCCCUCAUCCCAGAGUGCUGCCGCCUCAGCGUACUGCCCUCUGCUGAGCGGGAGGAAGAACCAGCCUUCUGGGGGAAAGUACUGAACAGCCCCAGCUCAGAGUCUCCUGUGCACCCCAAACCGAGCACUCCGUCCCGCCUGGCCCUCUUCAUGCGCCAGCAGAGCACUGCACUGCCCUUCACCCCCUCCCCCACUGAGACGGUCCCCUCGUCCCCCCGCGGGGGCCCUAGCACCCCCCUGUCCCCCGACAGCCCCAUGCACCCCGUCCCAGAGGGGCUGGACUGGGAGUCGGGGUACCUGGAGUACCUCAGGGACGCCCGUAGGGGGGUAGAGCUGUGCUCCUGGGCCUGCCGGAACUGGUCAGCCCCCUACGACGGAGAGGACCCCUCACCCAACACGGCCCCUCUACCACCCCCGCCCCCCACCUCCAACCCCUCCCUGGCCAUGUUCCCAGAGCACUUCUCCUUCCAGCAAGGAGGAGGAGGUGGUAGUACCUCCCACGGCCAGCAGAGGGCAGCGGUGGUGGCAGCUGCGCGGUCAGAGUGGAGCAGUACAGAGAGGGACAGUGGAGAGUGGGAUGUCACCAUCUGUAAGAACAACUGUACCAUCAGUCUCACGCCCCGCACCAAGAAACGCAGCCUGCAGAGAGAGGAGGUCCCCCUCCCCAAACCUCUCCACCUCCCUCCUGACUCUACCUCUGCCUCCGUCCCUGACCCCUCUGCUGCCGCCCACCUCCCCUCCGGCCCCUCCAUAGGCCCUCACCAGGCCAUCUUCAAUGGAACGUCGUCGGGGGGUCAGGAGGACGGGUGUCCAGACAGCCAGGAUGGAGGGAUGGAGGUUAAGAAGGUGAAGAGAGAUUUGGACGAGCAGCAGCAGCAUGGAGACUCUAGUCAGAACGUUGCAGUAGGUGCCAGCCCAACCCCGGUCCCUACCCCGGCCCAGUCCUGUGGGCCCCUACAGGGGUUGCACAGGGAAGGGAAUGGAAGUGUGACUGGGGAAAACUCCAGGCGUCUAACAUCACACGUACAGAGUCACACCCAGGAUCAGCCUGCUCCGUGGACUCCAGCAUCCUGUGCCAACUCCUCCAACGUCAGCCUGACCCCUCAGGUCCCUGGAUCGGGACCUCCAGAGGCAAUGCUCUCUACCCAGUCAGAAGCAGUGGAGAGACUGAUCUCUGAGCUCCUGGAUGGGGCUGGACCGGGGGAGGGGGGGCAGCAGGGGCCCGGAGACUCCAACGGCCAGGGCAUCAGCAUCGAGGCCUUCACCCAGGAACUCCGGGAGCUGGAGGAGAGGGUGAGGGAAAGGAGCAGGGGGGUUGGGCUUCUCAGACAGCUGGAGGAGACCACCAGAGACCCCGACUCAGAGGAACCACUGCCCCCCUCACCCCUGGACGCUGACCUGAUUGGGACUGGGGCAGGGUCUGGAGUGGAGCCCAAGGUAGUGGGGUCAGCUGUGGGGCUGUUCAGCCCUGCCAGGCCUCUAGGACAGCCAUCCGCUCAGCCCUACACAGGUCCGUUUAUGGUGGUUCUGUUUGCCAAGCUGGAGAACAUGCUCCAGAACACUCUGUAUGUGAACAUCCUGUUGACGGGGAUUCUGGGCCAGCUAGCCUGCUACCCUCAGCCCCUGCUCCGAUCCUUCCUCCUCAACACCAACAUGGUGUUCCAGCCCAGCGUCAAGUCUCUCAUUCAGGUUCUGGGCUCAGUAAAGAGCCGCAUUGAGGUGUUUGCAGCAUCCCAUGAGAACUUCCCUGCCAUGCUGAGGAAAGCCCAGCGCUACCUGGUUGCCAGGGGCAAGGUGGACUGGGCUGACUCUUCCCCCAUGGGGGUACCCACCCUGCGACGCUCUGAUUCCCUGGUGAAGAGCCGGAAACCUUCGCUAGGCGACCUGAUCAUGCGACACACCAACAGCCCCACGCGGGCACGCCAUGCCGCACAGCUUGCCCUGGCCCACGUACGAGACGGUGGCCAAUCGCUGCACAGUGCCCUGUUCCGGGGAGGGACUGGGGGAGGGGCGUCGGGGCUGGAGAAACAGGUGGAGGCUCUGAGGGUGAAGAACGCCGUCUACUGCGCCGUCAUCUUCUCUGAGUUCCUCAAGGAGCUGGCCGCUCUGGCCCAGGAGCACGCAGUCUCCAUGCCCUUCCUCCAGAGCCACGACACUGAGGAGUGAUGCUGUCAGUCUCCGUGCCCUUCCUGAGGAGUGAUGCUCCCAAUUCUGCGUCCCAAUUCUACACCAUCCUCCCAAUGUGUGGUCUUGCAGACUCCCCAUCAUUGGCUGAAGGCAUUUCUUUCCCUACCAUUUUAAAUCUAUGAUGGAAUGUGAUCUGGGGAAUGUCUGGACCCCCAUGUCCACAAAACAUCUGAGUAUUAUGCGUUUUAAACUUUUAGAUCACAUGGACAGGUCCUAGACGGGCACCCCUCCUCGGAGACACUUUGUGGAUGUGGGUUCUUUCCUCUGUCCAGCUACCGUUUACCCCCUCCCUCCUGCAGGGGGCAGAGGGGAGCACUGACAGGGCUGAGCGCUGCAGGGAAGAGACGAGGGAGAGAGGGGGGGGGGGGGUAAUUCGGACAAUGAGAAAUCGAAGAAGGGAAUUGCAGUUGCUACAUGUGAAAGAGUAUUAGGGGAGAGACUACAAAACUCUUUUGUUAUGAGACUGUGCAUAUCAUGUAAGUAUUAUUUAUGUGGAUAUAUACUAUGAACACUAACUCUCAGUACAUGUAGAUUUUAGAGGGUGGUCUGUAGUGUACAUGGGUACGUGGUGCUGAGUCAGCUCUUUCCACUCUCCUCUAUUUAGUAAAUUAUGCUCAUUAAGACAUGUACCAGCUUAAAAAGGAGAACAAGGUUAAAGCUUCCGUCUUUUAGGAAAUUAGGCAACAACAAAAAAAAUGCCCCCCCGACUUUCAUGUCGCUGUUCGGGUACAGAGCAUCUCAACGAGACACAUCUUUUGUUUUGUGUUUUGAAACCCAUCGCCUCAGCGUUGGAGAUUUAACAAGAAGGGAGGAAUGGGAGAGGAGGGGUCUGGGAAAGGGAACCAGAGGACAGAGAUCCUCUGUAACUGUCCUGGACAACGUCUUCAUGUUUUAGCAUUCAUAUUUUGAAUUGAAUUAUUUAUUUUCUAAAUGAAACCUUUUUAAGACAUAUCAAUGCCAUGUGGGAGUGGCAAAAUCUCAACGUGUGUGUGUGUGUGUGUGUGUGUGUGUGUGUGUGUGUGUGUGUGUGUGUGUGUGUGUGUGUUGCAUGUAUUAGAAUGUCUCCUUCUCAGAGGAACAAUAUCCAGUCAGUUGUCAGGCCUGCACCUGGGGUUGCCAUUGCAAAGGUGUGUUUCUGUUCUGGUGUUGCCAUGGGAAAAGUGAGUUUCUGUUCUGGUGUUGCCAUGGGAAAGGUGUGUUUCUGUUCUGGUGUUGCCAUGGGAAAAGUGUGUUUCUGUUCUGGUGUUGCCAUGGGAAAAGUGUGUUUCUGUUCUGGUGUUGCCAUGGGAAAGGUGUGUUUCUGUUCUGGUGUUGCCAUGGGAAAAGUGUGUUUCUGUUCUGGUGUUGCCAUGGGAAAGGUGUGUUUCUGUUCUGGUGUUGCCAUGGGAAAAGUGUGUUUCUGUUCUGGUGUUGCCAUGGGAAAAGUGUGUUUCUGUUCUGGUGUUGCCAUGGGAAAGGUGUGUUUCUGUUCUGGUGUUGCCAUGGGAAAGGUGUGUUUCUGUUCUGGUGUUGCCAUGGGAAAACUGUGUUUCUGUUCUGGUGUUGCCAUGGGAAAAGUGUGUUUCUGUUCUGGUGUUGCCAUGGGAAAGGUGUCUCUGCUCAGAAGGUUUAAAGUUGUGUUGUGGGACUGAGGUAGGAAAGGCUCGUCAGAGCACUAUAAUACGCAGAAGGAUCAAUGAGUUAGCCAGCUAACUUCAAUAAACAACCAGAAAUAA